GCCGGAAGCCGGGCGAGAGGAGGCCGGAAGAGGAGGUGAAUCAGUCCGAGAUUGAGCGGAGGUGGCGACGUCGUCCGGACAAGAUGGCGGCGAUGUUGGCGCCCGCGGCGGCCACGGCGGCCCCGGCGGGCUUCGGACUCGUCUCGGCGAGGAUGGCCGCCGCUUCGGCCGGCGGCUCGUCCUCUUCCUCCUCGUCGUCGUCCUCUAGCGGCGGCCCGGGGCCUCUCCCGCCGCCUCCCGCGCCGCCUCCGCCCGGGGCGCUCCGCAUCGGCGACCGGCUCUACUCGGGGGUGCUGCUCACCCUGGAGAACUGCCUCCUGCCGGAGGAGACGCUUCGCUUCACGCCUUCCAUGAGCAACGGCCUCGACGCCGAGACCGAGGCGCAGCUCCGGAUCACGGGCUGUGAGCUCGUCCAGUCGGCCGGGAUCCUGCUCCGGAUUCCUCAGGUGGCCAUGGCUACAGGGCAGGUGCUGUUCCAGCGUUUCUUUUAUACAAAAUCGUUUGUGAAGCAUUCCAUGCAGCAUGUGUCAAUGGCCUGUCUUCAUUUGGCUUCCAAAAUUGAAGAAGCCCCCCGGCGCAUAAGAGACGUGAUUAAUGUAUUCCACCGACUUCGGUUACUGAGAGAGAAAAAAAAACCUGUCCCUCUAAUACUGGAUCAAGAAUACGUUAACUUGAAGAACCAAAUCAUCAAGGCAGAGAGGAGAGUUUUGAAGGAACUUGGAUUUUGCGUGCACGUGAAGCAUCCUCACAAGAUAAUCGUUAUGUACCUUCAGGUAUUAGAAUGUGAACGUAACCAGCACCUGGUCCAGACCUCAUGGGUAGCUCUUGAGGGUAAGUGACUAAGACCUCUCCUCUGCUGCCCACGAACAAUGGUGCAGGGAUUACUGGCGUCUUCAGUCAAACCCGAGCAGGCUCCACAGAGAGAAGGCUGACUCUCUAGACAGGUGGUAUGCGUCCGCUAGUAGAGUUAAAACCUGGCCGAACUGCUGCUUGUGAUUUUUAUUUCAUUUUUUAAAAAUUAUUAUUAUUAUUUUCUCCCUUUGUUUCCAAUCUCUUCUCCCCCCCCCCGUUUUGUUUGCACACUUUUCCCCUCUUUCCCCCCCCCCCCCAGACGGGCCUGUGUUACCUUGUCCAGAUGCUCUGAUGCUUACUUAUCAUGUUUGAUAUCUUAGUUCAAUGCAAAUGUUUUGAUUCGACUCGGCUUUUCUUUUAAAAAAAAAAAUAAUAAAAAUUAAUAAAAAAAAAUGUGGCUGAGGUUUGGGCUGGGAAGGAGGGAUGGGACUCUGAACGCUGGGUCAUUGCACCUGUGAAAUCUAUUACGCUUUUGUAUUGUAUUUCAAUUUUUAUUUUUUUUAAAAAAAA